GCCUUCCAACCUUCCUACUAACUUAUCUUUUAAAUGUUCUAAACACAAGACAUAAUCAUGAUUAUUGUGACCUACUUGCCAAUUGUGCAUAAAUGAUUAUGCUUGAACAGGUUUUCCUUCAAAGCUUCCAGUUCAUGUCUAAGAAUGAAAGCAUCCAGGCAAUACAACAAGAAGCCACAGCUUCAACAGAGAGGAUGCAGGGCUUUGUGUUGCAGUUGCCGGCUUAGUGUGUCUUCGUCAGAGGAAGCAGAGAGCUCAAAUUCCGAUAGGUUUGCAUCAAUUUCAAGCCUAGCGCACGCCAUGGUGCAAGAGAGACUGGAUCAAAUGAUUAGAGAAAGGCAGGAGGCAAGACAAGUGGAAAGAAGAAGGCAAAGCAGUGAAGGGACUAAGUUCAUUGUAAUGGUAGCCUUGGAAAAGUGCUCUUAUGAUCCAAGAGAAGAUUUUAGAGAGUCCAUGGUCGAGAUGAUCAUGACUAAUCGCAUUCAAGACCCAAAAGAUCUUCGUAGCCUCUUGAAUUAUUAUGUUUCAAUGAAUUCGGAUGAGUAUCAUGGAACUAUACUUGAGGUUUUUCAUGAGGUUUGCACCAAUUUAUUUUUGUCUUGUAAAUGCCAUUGAUGAACAAUAAUGUGAAAUUUUAGUGUAAGGCUGGAU